CUCGGACGACGGUUGUAACUUCCGCUCUUUUAACAAUUUUAUUUUGAAAUGUCUAACCGGGACUUUCGUUUUUUACUCACGUUAGCUUAACAUUGCUGCGAGCGAGCAGGCGGAGAGGAACGGCAUCUAAAAACCGACUUGGAAAAACUACUUAGCGAGCUCCUAGUCUCGGCCUUGAAGGGGCACCAGCAUGAGUCAGAAGUUGCUGGAGUCUGACAGAGACUCUGCUCAGGAUGCAUCGGACUUUAACUGGGAUGAAUACCUGGAGGAGACUGGAGCCGUGUCCGUGCCCCAUCACGCCUUCAAACAUGUGGACCAGGGCCUGCAGACAGGCCUGGCUCCAGGCAUGAAGCUUGAGGUGUGUGUGCGCUCUGAGGCCGACAGUCCUUACUGGGUGGCCAACAUCAUCACCACAUGUGGCCAGCUGCUGCUGCUACGCUAUGAGGGAUACCAGGAUGACCGGCGUGCCGACUUCUGGUGCGACUUAAUGACGGCAGACCUCUACCCGCUGGGCUGGAGCUGCCAGAAUGGGAAGACAAUGAAGGCCCCCGAGGGUGUGCGUGAGAAGCACACGGACUGGGAGGCUCUGCUGGAAAAGGCCCUGGCUGAGGAGUGCAGCGCGCCUGCCAACCUGCUGGAACUGCCCCAGCGUGGCAGAGACCCAGUGGAGCUCCUGUGUGCCGGCUGCUAUGUGGAGAUCCAGGACAGUGCUGACCCGGGGCUCGCCUGGGCUGCUGAGGUGGAGGAGAAUGUCGGAGGAAAGUUGAAAUUGCGCCUGGUAGGCACCGAGGGCCUCCCAGACACGCCCACAACCCUCUGGCUCUUUUACCUCCACCCACGCCUCCAUCCACCUGGCUGGGCCAAAGAGCACAGCUGCACCCUCAGGCCUCCCUCAGACCUGUUGGCACUGCGGACAGAAGAAGAGUGGGAAGAGGUGAGACAGAGGAUCAGUGACCUGCCUCAGGAUGAAGCUCUGACUGCAGAGUUCAGUAAGGAUCAGCCUGCCAUCGCUGCUCAUUGUUUUAAAGAAGGAAUGAAACUGGAGGCUGUUGACCCCGCUGCUCCUAUUUCCAUCAGGCCUGCCACUGUCACCAAGGUGUUCAAUGAGCAGUACUUCCUCGUAAAGAUGGACGACCUCUGUGGUAUUGAGGAGUCAGAGGGUGCUGCUGGUAGGUCCUUUCUGUGUCACAGAGACAGUCCGGGGAUCUUCCCCACUCAGUGGAGCCUCAAAAAUGGACUCACUCUCAGCCCCCCACCAGGACAUCAGGGUCCGGACUUUGACUGGGCAGAUUAUCUGAAACAGUGCGAGGCCGAGGCAGCUCCUCAACAUUGCUUCCCAGCUGAGCAGUGUGACCACAGCUUCAAAGAGGCCAUGAAACUGGAGGCUAUCAACCUGCUGUCACCUGAGAACAUUCACGUGGCAACUGUCACCAGGGUCAAAGGGCAAUACAUUUGGCUCAGCCUUGAAGGACUGAAGCAGCCCAUGCCAGAGCUGAUAGUUCAUGUGGACUCCCUCGACGUCUUCCCCGUCAGCUGGUGUGAGACAAAUGGCUAUCCACUCGUCUUCCCCAUUAAACCUGCAGUGGAAAAAGAGAGGAAGAUAGCUGUGGUGCAGCCUGAGAAACACCGAGUUCCACCUAAGUCAUCAUCACCUGACGCUGUCAAGCAGCACAUGGGCAACUAUUCAGAGACAGGGCAAGGGAACGGGAAAUACUGCUGCCCCAAGAUCUACUUCAACCACCGCUGUUUCUCUGGGCCUUACCUUAACAAGGGACGCAUUGCAGAGCUUCCUCAGUUCAUUGGCCCUGGAAACUGUGUUCUCGUGCUCAAAGAGGUACUGACUCUGCUGAUAAACUCGGCAUACAAGCCCAGCCGUGUGCUGAGAGAGCUACAGCUGGACCAGGAGAGCCGCUGGCAAGGCUAUGGAGAGACACUCAAAGCCAAGUACAAGGGAAAGAGUUACCGGGCCACUGUGGAAAUAGUCCGCACUGCAGACCGUGUGGCAGACUUCUGCCGGAAAACCUGCAUCAAGCUAGAGUGCUGCCCGAACCUGUUUGGACCUCGCAUGGUUCUGGAGCGCUGUUCAGAGAACUGCUCUGUCCUCACAAAGACCAAAUACACAUAUUACUAUGGGAAGAAGAAAAGUAAACGCGUUGGCCGUCCCCCCGGGGGCCACUCCAACCUGGAGGGUGGAGUGAAGAGAAGAGGGAGGAGGAGGAAGAGGAGGAAGCAGCUUUUUGUCCACAAAAAGAGACGCUCCUCUGCCUCAGUGGACAACACGCCUGCCGGGUCUCCACAGGGCAGCGGAGAGGAAGAAGAUCUGGAUGAAGAUGACUCCCUUAGUGACUCUGGCUCUGAGCUGCAGGACGAUCUUCAGGAUGAUUCUGAACAAUCGAUCGGGAAGUCUCAGCCCACCACGCCAUCUCCCUCCCCGCCAGCAACACCCAGGCCAACGCGCCGGCGCCGUAAACCUCGCUCGCCCUCAUUCUCCGAUGAUGAGAAUCGCCCUCCUUCACCAAAGACUUCGAAGAUUGAGCCUCCUCAGAAGUUGUGUUUGGACACCAGCCCGCUGGAGUGGAGCAUUACUGAUGUGGUUCGCUUCAUCAGGACCACUGACUGCGCACCUCUUGCACGGAUUUUCUUGGAUCAAGAGAUUGACGGACAGGCACUGCUGCUGCUGAACCUCCCAACAGUGCAGGAGUGUAUGGACCUGAAGCUGGGACCGGCCAUCAAGCUGUGCCACCACAUUGAGAGGGUCAAGCUGGCAUUUUAUCAGCAGUUUGCUACGUAGCUGCCGGGGAAUGAACAUGGACGUGACUGCAUACUGUUCUGUGUAUUAAUUCUGUGAAAAACACUGUAUUUUCCAAUUUUGACAUUUCCAACACUGGACAUCCAUUUAGAAUCCUGUAUAUACCACAUUGUGUCAGAAAAGCAUGGACAUAAGGUGGAUGAUGCAACGCUUUCUGAUAAUUGAAAAAAGAACAAAGAAGAAGAGCUACAUAACGUGAUCUUUAGGAAAGACGGAGGGGAUGACUGAAAAACAGAAGACUUCAAGACACUUUGAUGUCAUCAAUAAGUGUAAAAGUCUUUAUUAAUUCCAGCACAUUUUGCUAAAAAAAGAAAAGCCAUCAUCAAGGACUUACUCCCAAGUUUCUAGCUAUGAUCUGAUAAAGGCUUCUUAACUUA